AAUCUUUGAUAUCAAGAAUUCCUGCAGCAGCAUAGAUACAUUACCUACAACAGCGUUGGAGUUGGAUAAAGACUCAUUCAUAUGUUCUGCAUAAAUCUUUCCUGAUUCUGCUUCAACUCCUCUUGUCUUUCACUUCAUCUCAACUCAUUACUAACCGGUGCAUCCCAAGAUGAAAGCACUUAUACUUGUUGGAGGAUUUGGAACUCGGUUGAGGCCACUGACUCUCAGCGUGCCCAAACCACUUGUUGAAUUUGCAAAUAAACCUAUGAUCCUGCAUCAGAUUGAGGCUCUCAAGGCAAUUGGGGUCACUGAAGUGGUUCUCGCUAUAAAUUACCAACCAGAGUUGAUGAUGAACUUUUUAAAAGAAUUCGAGACUAAGCUUGACAUUAGGAUCACCAUUUCACGAGAGACUGAACCACUUGGAACUGCUGGCCCCCUGGCUUUAGCUAGAGAAAAAUUAGUAGAUGGGUCUGGUGAGCCAUUUUUCGUUUUGAAUAGUGAUGUCAUCAGUGAGUACCCUCUGCAGCAGAUGAUUGCCUUUCACAAAUCCCAUGGGGGUGAAGCGUCCAUAAUGGUCACUAAGGUGGACGAGCCUUCAAAAUAUGGAGUUGUGGUUAUGGAAGAGGCAUCAGGACAAGUUGAAAGAUUUGUCGAGAAACCAAAAUUGUUUGUCGGAAACAAAAUCAAUGCAGGGAUAUACCUGCUGAAUCCAUCUGUUCUCGAUCGAAUUGAACUCAGGCCCACCUCAAUUGAAAAGGAGGUCUUUCCACAGAUCGCAGGAGAGAAAAAGCUAUUUGCGAUGGUCUUACCAGGGUUUUGGAUGGAUGUUGGGCAGCCAAAGGAUUACAUUACCGGCCUGAGUCUAUACCUGGACUCCUUGAGAAAGAGAAAUUCAUUCAAGCUGGCUACUGGUCCGCAUAUUAUAGGAAAUGUCUUGGUAGAUGAGAGUGCCAGAAUUGGUGAAGGAUGUCUGAUUGGUCCUGAUGUUGCAAUCGGGCCUGGUUGUGUGGUAGAGUCCGGAGUUAGACUCUCCCGCUGCACUGUGAUGCGUGGUGUUCAUUUAAAGAAGCAUGCCUGCAUUUCCAGCAGUAUUAUUGGGUGGCACUCAACCGUCGGGCAAUGGUCUCGUGUUGAAAACAUGACAAUUCUUGGAGAACAUGUUCAUGUUUGUGAUGAAAUAUAUAGCAAUGGAGGUAUAGUUCUGCCACACAAAGAAAUCAAGUCAAGUAUUUUGCAGCCACAGAUUUUGAUGUGAAAUGCUCAAGUUGGUUCUACUAAGUUAUCAUGUUUAUCAAGUAAGAUGUGAAUGUUCAGGGUUUUCUUCUUACCAUGUACUCUUUUCAAGUGUUAAAUUUUCUGUCUCUAGCAAGGUUUCAAACUUUUACUAUAUAAAGUUACUGUUGACUGUAUAAUGAAUCUGCAUUUAGUU